AUGAGCUGUGAUCAAAAACCAGCAAAUACGAUGGUUGAACCAAGGAUGUCUAUUACAGAGAGUAAUAGCAGGCAUGUCAAGUUCGAUGACAAUGAGGAAGGCAAGAUGCCUGUAAAGAUGGCUCCGGUGGCGAAGAAAGUGGAUUAUAGUAGCGAUGAGAGCGAUGAUGAAGAUGAAGCACCACAGGAAGAGGGGCUAUCAAGUGGUAAAUCCUCUAUUGAAGAUGAGAUAAGGGAAAGAGAAGAGGCAUUGAAGAGGGAGAAACAAGAGGUGAAGCAAAGGAGAAGGAAACUUGAUGCUAGAUUUAGAGAACAACAGCUGGAGAAGGAGGCAAAGGCUAAGGAUGACCAAGAACUGCCGGAAGAAUUACCAGAAGAAUUUUUCGAAAAACUGGAUGAGGAAGUACAUGAAAAACCCGUUGAACAAAUUCCAAAGCAUAUCAAUUUUAAUGAUAUCGAUACCGAACAGUACCUUCCAGAAAUCAAGAAGCAACUGGAAAAGAAAAGGACCAAUACUUUAAAGAGACUAAGAGCCACUACUGUUAAGAGGGGUUUAUUUAAUGUUACUCUACUUGAUGAUUCACAAAAGCUCUCCGCGAUGGCGCCUAAGAGAGAGGCUAAGAUAAUGAACACCAAGGAUAAAUGGCUGAAAAGAAAGGCAAUUAAAAGGAAAUAA